AUGGCCGAUGUUAAUGAGGAUGGUACUUCGGGCUCUGGAGCAGAUUUGAAUAUGUUGGAUGGACACAAACCUUAUCCUGCUGUUGUUCUAUCGGGUUUUGGUGGCCGGAAGCGGAGCAAGAAGGCUACCGGUGACGCGAUUGUUGAUGAGAUCAUUUAUUGCUGUGGUUGCAGGGAAAGUGUGGUGUUUGGGGAAUUGCUGUUGAUUAUCAAGUUGAAUAGAUGCACUGGUCCGGCUAACAUUUGCUGCUGGUUACAAUCAUGGAGUUGCCAGUUUGCACAUUUGAGUUGCAGAUUAUACUAUCCACCUUGGCUGGUCUGCUUCAGACUCACAAUUACUAAUCUACAUUCUAGUCCAAUGAAUGAUGAUGAUGACCAAGAUCUGAUUCUCCCCGAAAUUCCUAAAGAUUUCACUUGCUGCAAUGACUUAAGAUCAGAGUUGUUAAUCCCGGAUAGCGGAGCGGAGCGGAGCGGAGCGGAGCGGAGCGGAGCGGCCGACCCCCGGGAAUGGGAAAAGCGGGAAUAG